GAAGGGCCGAGCUUCUAUAACAAGAAAGACUACUGUCUUUGAAUCAAAAACGUUUUUAUUUAUAUUUCACAUUUAUGUGGAGGUAAACAGUACAUUAACAUAAAAACCAGUGUGCGCCACUACAACUAUGUUGUACCACAAGGCAGUGACAAUUAAUUCAUGUUACGUUGACUUUGAGUGAAUGGGUGUAUUUUCUGGAAUGCCAAAAGGGGCUUGAGUUUGGCCCUGAAUGUAUGGUCAUGUGUGAAUCAGAAUCUGACGAUCACCCAAAGAAGCUGAAGUAUGGAGGUGGAAGUGGUAUAAAUAGGGGUCCCAUGAAUUUAUAGAGUUCUUUACCUUAUUUCCCUGCAUACGAUGUGUGUGCGAAAGCUAUUCAAGCCUGGAGGUGGUCGUUCCUAAACUGCUACAAGAGUGACAGCGAUACCAAACGAGAGGGUACACACUGAGGUUUAGAGAGAAAGCGCCUGGCCUUAUUUUCUUUGUGUAUAUAUUUUUUACAUUGCGCAUGGAAAAAUAUCAUUUGUUUUCAUUCUCUACUUAAAAUGCAACAAAGUGUACGGCUCAUUUUAUUAUUGAAAGUUAGCAAAAUCAAAGUGAUACUUAUUUAUCAAUGUGCAACGAACGGCGUGUCUGCAUUGAAGGGGCGAAGAAUUUUCGAGAUUUAGGUGGGUACUUAACAAGUGAUGGGCGGUAUCGUACAAAGUGGCGUCGAUGUUUCCGCAGUGAUCAUCUUGGGAAUGUCCCUUCGACAGACGGCAACUUCCGUCUCAUACGCGACACGCUGAAUAUUGGAUGUAUCAUAGAUCUCCGAAGUCCGGAGGAGCGCAAGGAGCAUCCUUACAUGAUCCCAGGUAUCCUGUUGUACAAGAUACCCAUCACAGCGACUGUGCCUACGCUUAGUAAGUCCGAGCGCUUGGCUUUAUCGACCGGUGAGCAUGCGGAACGUUGCAUGUAUUUUCUAUAUGAAUUCUUUGUAGAUCUCAAAUCAGUCUGGAAAGCAUUUUUCAGAAUUUUAGUAGUUCAGGCACAAAAGGAUUACGCUGUGUUAUUUCACUGCAAGACAGGUAAGGACCGGACGGGCUUUUGUGCGGCGCUCAUACUGCUUCUAUUGGAUAUCCCCUUGGAGGUAGUAUAUGAGGAUUACUUACUGAGCAAUAAAUUUUGUGACCUUCCACCUAUUGACACGUUGAAGAACAUGGAUGCGCAGCACUUUGCUGCUGCUGUCAUCUCUACAGCUCGACGGGAGUAUCUCGCGAGAGCGAUUGAAUUGCUGUGUAAACGGUAUGGCAGCAUUAGGAAUUAUGUAGAAGCAGAACUUGGUGUGACAGCCAAGGAAAUAGAGUUGCUGAAACAGAUGUUUUUGGAGGAGGUUUAAAUGCAAAAAAAAUUAUCACUGAAGUAUGUAUGAAGGUGUCUUUAAAACAAAUAUGUGAGACAUUUAUAUCAUUACUAGGUGACAAAAACAGAGGUCCUCACAUUUGAUUGAACUGCGCAUACAUGCCAAUGUCUUAGUUACACCUUCCAUACCCUAUGCUUUACUAUGGUACGAUCUUCCCAUUCAUCCCAUACCGUACUGAAUGUUUCAUUUUGCAAACCUGCUCCUUCUCAAUAGAACUGAAUGCUUCGAUGUUUCCAUGAUUUCUUGAAGUGAGAUCUCGCUAUGUAACUAUUAAGAGAGGAAUGAAAUGAAAAAUAGCGCUUAAGACAGACAAACAAACAAAAUCCACCUUUCUUUUACUGUUUUAUUUAGGAUAAUAACCAUCCUUUCUUCUCUUACUUUUUAAAGUUAGGAAUAUUUAUAUUUUUGCUUAUAUAUUGGUUAGUUAUUUCUUACUAUGUUGUUUUAUAUACUAUUUACGAAGAUACGACGUAGCAACGUGAUGUGGUACAGAAGUUCGAUGGACGUUGUUGAUCGUUUACGAUAGCUGUACAUUUUUUCAAGCCCAUUCCUACCCAAUACUCUUUUCCGUUCUAUUUACCUGAGCGAACCCCCCUAAACCACUGUCUUUCUAUCUUUUUCUAAUUGUGUGAUUUUCUCAUUCUCAUAUUCAUUAUAACCACUAUUCCGAAGAAAGCUAAUCACGUCAGACAAAGCCGAUUCCAAACUAUCACCCUUUGUAUUGAACUCAAUGUCCACCCGAUCCCUCAGUCUCACGUCGUGUGCUUCCCUGCCUGACUCGGCCCUCCCUACAGGUCUCCCUAACGAGCCCGCUGUGCCGUGCGUGGUGGAGUUGGACGGGGCCUCCUGUAAGGGCGAGACCGAACGACAGGUCGGCCAUAAACGUCCCCGCGAGCCAAGCCCUAUUGCGAGGUCCCCGUCCUCCCAGGAGGUGGAGGUCGUCCAGGAGUCCGGUGCUGGGGACCCCGCGGAGGUCUCCGCAUCCAGCGCCUCCGGGAGAACGAGCGAGGCAGGCACGCAGCGGUCGGAGAGUGCCCUCAAAGACGUGCGUCUCCCUGAACCGCCUGAGGAGGGAAAGCUCAUACCAGAGCGAGCGCGUUCUGUGAAUUAGCCACUGGAGAUGCCCUUAAACCUCUCCUUUUUUUAAUCUUUUUUUUUGGUUUAGUAAAGGUGCCCCACGGUUAACUUUUACUUCCAUCAGAUUCCUCCCCUCUCCCCAUAAUCAUCAUAGAUUAUGAUAUUGUUUUUGAGUUUUAAAUCCAGAUUAUAUUUUUCGACUGCUCUUGGUUCCUAUACCAAGGGACCAUAUUUUACAUUUUUAAGUUUAUCUUAUCCUUCGACGACGUUGUGUUUCAUCUUUUUUGUCGAUAAUACAUCAAGUUCACACUAAAAACGAAGAGGUAAAUAUUUUCGAUAAUCGUUUUGCUCAUUA